AUGGAAAAUGUUUUCCAUUACUACUAUUUCAAGAUCCAGGCAGAAGUUACCAUCAGUGAUCUUGCUGCCCUCAAACAGAAUGAUGAGCCUACUCAGGACUUCAUAACUAGAUUCAGAAAGCUCAAGAUGAAAUGUCGAAUCCCUAUGAAAGAAAGGCACUUAAUCCAGAUGGCUCAAACCGCCCUUAAAAUCUCUAUGAGAAAAAGAUUUGAUGGGAUGUUGUUUAGAGAUUUGGCAAAACUGGCAGACAAAGCAUCUAAAUAUGAGGAGCUGCUCAGGGAAGAACAAUAG